CACGAUGCGUGUGUUCCAUCCGGCAUGGACUGUCGCAGCCAUCGCGGCGCUCUUUAGCUUGGUGUCGGCAAGUCAAGGAAGAGUCGACGCCCAUGAGGACACCCCUCGGCAUCUCCCGUCCACUCGUCCCGUUGUCACGCCACUCUCGUUCGGUUCCUUUGCCGAAAACGUGGCACCGGUGGAUGUAGGAGCGAGUUCAUCGUAUGGCAAGGCUCCUCCGUCAUCUCGAAGUAAAAAGAUGCGGCAUGCACCGUACGACUAUCGUCGGCGCUUGCUCGAGAAACUGCGGUCGGCCACGGGUGCUCCGUCAUCUACCGCCACACCCUCCAACGACAUGGACACGCAAUCGUCCAGCGACAUGGACAACGACGACACACGCAACAAGAUGAUUGAACAAGUCAGAAUGAAACUGUUAACCGUGGACUCUGUGGUGGUGGUGCUGGCGUUCGUCGGGGCGGCGGUGAUGUACUGGACAAAGUGGCGGCACUACGAUCGCCUCGCCGGCCAAGAAGAGUAAUACGUGGCGCACUACAACAUACUAAUGCAUGUGCUCUAGUCCGCUCCAGUAUCUGCAUGGCCUGCGCCGGGAAGACAUGGAGGACAUAGCUCUCGAAGCCUUGAAAUGGCAAUGUGCCAUUUGUUACUUUCACAGCCCCGACGAUCGCCAGUGUUGUGGCCUCUGCGACACGAAACGAGGCACAGAACUGGCGUUGGUGGACAUGAAUACCAGGCAAAAAAGUGCUCGCGCGAGAAAGCAGUGGCAACGUCGACUCGAUGCCGUCGACGGUCGGACGUACUGGCACGAAGCGGCAAAGCCAGUGCACCAAGGGCCCCACUACGUCGUCCUCCCCGCCACUCCACCGCCCGAGUUCGACAGCAACUCGGAUGCCCACCCCAGCAAUGUGUUGCAUUUGCAGCCGUUGGCCCUGCACUUGGCCGGCACGGCCGUGACAGGCGACAUAUUGCCGUCGUGGUGGCUGCCACACCUGCACGACUUGACGGACCAGAGUUUUUCCCUUAAAUACGCAUGGCUGCUCACCCAAAUCUCGCAUUCGUACAAGAACUACUCGAAAAUGCAAGUCUACCGCGACAAGAUCUUUGACGAAUCACUGGAAAUCGUCCUGCUGCUGCGACCCACCCAUCUCUGCACCAUGACCCGCAUCGAGUUGCUGGGCGAGAGCGGCAUCGACGCCGGCGGCGUCCUCCGCGAGUGGUACUCGCUGCUGACGGUGUCACUGUUUGCCGCGGACCGGGGACUGUUUGUACCGGCCAACAAGGCGGAGCAGUCUUACUUCAUCAACCCGGCGGCGGCGUCGUCAGCCAACCCCAACCACCUGCGCCAUUAUCACGCUAUCGGGCGUGUACUCGGCAGGGCCAUCGUGGACGGCCAAGUACUGCCGUUCCACCUCUGCGCCCCCCUCUUCAAGGUGCUCCUGGGGACCCCCCUCGCCUUUGAAGACGUGUGGCACCUUGACCUGAACACGUACAACAGCCUCGUGUACAUCCGCGACACCGACAACGUCGAUGACCUAGCGCUCGACUUUAGCGUCACCGUGGACACGCCGUCCCACGAUGUGGUGGAUUUGAUUCCGAAUGGCCGCCACAUCCCCGUAACACUCGACAACCGGCACGAGUAUAUCGAGAAAAUGGUGUCAUACUUGCUGUUUGAUCGCAUUCAGCCCCAAGUGUCGGCGUUGGUGCGCGGAUUGUACGAGGUCGUGCCAUACGAACUGCUCAUGCCGUUCGACCACAAAGAACUCGAGCUGUUAGUAUGUGGGUACUCGCACAUUGAUGUGGCCGACUGGCAGGCGUCCACAAGUGUGUCGUCGGCGUUACGUUCGUCCAAGUGCAUCAAGUGGUUCUGGGACAUCCUCGAGCACGAACUGACUGCCGACGACCGCGCCAAGCUGCUGCGCUUCGCGACGGGAUCGUCCCGCGUACCCCUGCAGGGCUUCAAGGGCCUCACGAGCUACGACGGCAAGCUGUGCCCGUUCUCACUCAAGGCCGUGCCCUACACCCGCGGCGUCUUCCCCAAGGCGCACUCGUGCUUCAAUCGCAUCGACUUGCCGAUUUACCCGACGAGGGAGUUGCUCAAGGAAGCCCUCAUGGCGCUGGUCAACUUGGAAAUGACCGAGUUUACGUUGGAAUAACAACAGGCUCUCACCCCGGAGAAAGUGGUUGGUUUGUAUGUCAAGUAGUGGUACACUGUACAGUGACGAGCAAAAGGAACGAAGGGAUAAAUUGCGAUAAAUAAUAACGAAUGAAAUCAUCGGCAAUGA